GUUGUCAGUCAAUUAGACUCGUCCAAUAGAGAUCAACUUUUGUGUUGACCAUGAAGUCUAUCAUUGCUUUGGCUCUAUUUGUGAGUGUUGCUCUGUGCAACUCUACCGCCCAUUAUGGCUGGAUCCCCAAUCAUGAGCUCACCUUCCGGUGGACCACCUCCCAGAUCACUGGUUUGGAGGAUAUCCGUGCUCAAUAUGGUGGCAUGGAGUUGAGCUCCAUCAUCAGGGUCCAAGUCUUCUCCGACUACUCGCUGCGCAUCAAGUUCGAGAACUCCAAGUUCGGGGUCGUCAACAAGGAUUUGCCCAUCGUGCAUGGACGUCCCCAGAUCCCUGAAGGUAGCCAAGAGCUUCCUGAGGAGUUCCGCCGUCCUUUGGAGACCGCCUUCAUGGUCCACUUGAAGGCUGGUGUCAUCGAGAAUCUCUUUGUUGAGCGUGAUGAGCCCGUCGUGGUGACCAAUAUCAAGAAGGCUCUGCUGUCCCAACUCCAGAUGGACUUGAGCGCCUCCCGUCGCCAGGAUAUCGGUAGCAACGAAAUCUCCAAGAGCAUCAUGUCGGAUGAGCGUCCCACUUUCUUCACCACCGAGGAGAGCUCCAUCCUUGGAGACUGCGAGACCAUCUACACCGUCAACCCUUUGUCCAAGUACCAAGCCAACGAGUUGGAGAGCAGAUGGAUUGAAGUGGAGAGAGAGCUCAGGGAGUUGGGCAUCCUUUCCGGACCCAAAUCCGAGGGUGAUGAAGCCUGCCGUGGAAAGACCUACUACGAGGUGACCAAGACAAGGAACUUUGACAACUGUCGUGAGCGCCCCGUGUUCCAACAAUGGAUCGGACUCAAGAGCUCUUGUGAUGUGACCAAGUCUAAUUGCAAGGAUAUGUUCACGCAUCUGUCCUCUACCCGAUACAUUGUGUGUGGAAGUGAGGAGCAAUUCUACAUCCGUGAGGCCAACACUGAGAACUCGAUUGUUUCUCAACCCAUUGGCUGGAACACCGAAGAGACCUUGAAGUCCACUGCUCGCAUCACCUUGGUUUUGAUCAAGGUCAAGUCGGGUGACUUCACUCCCGUUCCCAAACCUAACCAGCCUAAGGAAAAGAAGUCCCUCGUGUACCAGUACCCCAAGGCUAAUGACCGCUUGAGCCCCGAGGAGGCCACCAGGGAGGUGGUUCCCGGCACUGAAGGACAAUCUCCUUUCAUGCCCAUUCUUCCCAAGCCUGACAUGCGCUCAGCUUCAAACCUGAUCCCCAACCCCAUCGCCAAGAACGAGUUGAAGACCAAGAUUGUUGAAGAGAUCAAAGAUAUUGUCAACAAGAUCCACGAUGAGACCCAGUCUUGUGCCAAUAAGGGUGAUGUGGCCAGCUACAUCUCCACCGUUGUCCAAUCUCUCCGUUCUCUGAACUACUAUGACCUCAAGGAGAUCGAUCAUAAGAUCACCAGUUCCUUCUCUCAUGGAUCCCAACUUGUGACUGCUGUGGAAAUCUUUGAGGACAUGCUCGCUAUGGUUGGAAGCAACCCUUGUGUGCUUCUUCUGAAGGAGAAGAUCCAGGGUGGGCGCAUGGAAUCGCGGAACAAGGCUUAUUUGGUUGGAAAUGCCAUCCGCAAUGUUCGCACUCCCACCGAGGAACUUUUCAAAGAGCUCUUCCAGAUGGUCAAGUUUGUGAAGGGCGAUCGUCAAGCUUAUCAAUCAGGUCUUUUGGAACUGAGCAACUUGGUCUACUUGGCUUGCGUGAACCCCUCUACCAGCUACAAUCAGUACCCCGUCAGGAUUUACGGCCGCUUCUGCAAACCAGAAUCCUCCUUCAUCACUGAGCAUUACAUUCCCUACCUUGAGCAACAAUUGCAAAACCGCAACAGCGAGAAGGAUGUGGAGCAAUUCGUGUACAUUAGUGCUUUGGGCAAGCUUGGUCACAAGAACACCGUCUUGCCCUUGACCCGUGUGAUUGAAGGCAAGAUGAGCUCCAAGCCUAUGGCCCGCUCCAUGGCUGUCUACUCCCUGAAGCGCUUGGCUAAGUUGGAACCCACCAUGGUGCGUCCUGUCCUUUUGGCUCUGAUCGACAACCUGGCCGAACACACUGAGGUCCGAAUUGCCGCCGUGGCUGUCCUGCCGUGGAGCCAGCCCUCUGUGGCCGAGCUUCAAAAGAUGGCUCUGCGUAGCUGGUUUGAACCCUCCAAGCAAGUUGCCUCCUUCAUGUACUCGACCCUGAAGUAUCUCCCUCAAACUGAGGUCCCCGAAUUGAAGCCCGUUGGCUUGAAAGCCAAGACUCUCCUGCACUUGGUGAAGCCUUUCCAAUAUGGCAUCCAAUUCUCCCACAACAUCUACAGCCAGAAGUUUGUCGAGUACCUCCGCACUGCUGCCAGCUCCCAAUUGAGAUACGUCAUCACUGAAGAAUCCUUCAUCCCUACUCGUGUUUCCUUCUCCACCAAGCUCUUUGGCGGUCUGUGGGAAAUUCGCGGUCUGUCCUUUGCUAUUUACACCGAGAGCAUGGAUAAGGUCAUGGACAAGGUCUUUGACUACCUGGGCUACAAGAGCGAAGUCACUGACAAGGUUGAGGAACAAUUGAACAAGGUUAACGAAGAGCUCAAGAUUCAAGACCGGCAUGGUCGAACUCCCGCUGCUAUGGCUCAACUCAAGAUGCUUGGUUUUGAAACCUUCUACGCUUUGGACGUCAAGACCUACAUUGAGAUCUUGAACCUGGUGUCUGAGAAGCUCCGUGGCGCCGAGUUGAGUGAAGGACAGACCUUCCAAAAGACUCGUCUCCAGAAUCUGCUCAAUUUGGAAUCCUUCGGUCCCUCAGAAGCUGGUUUCCUCUUGUACGUGCGCAAGACUGUGCCUGUCGUCUUGGCCUACAAGGGCUCGUAUUCCACUAGCACCGGAUCGCUUGAGUCCCGUGACUCUGAGAAGUACUUCAAGGCCGAAGUCAAGCCCAUUGCCAACAUCAAGGUGGAAACCACCUUCGGUGUUGUGUCUCCUUUCACCAAGCAAUUCAUUGGUGCCGGUGUCGAAAUGGGUUUCCAUGCUAAUGGCUGUUCUGCCGUCAAGGCUGAGAUCAACAAGCCCGGUCAAUUGACCUUGACUUUGAAGAAGCCUGAGCAGGUCAACACCAAGGUUGAACUCAUCCACGUUUUUGUCAAGCCCUACACCUUCACUCGGGAUCUGACCCGUUUGGUGCCCACUUUCAAGGACUCCAGUGCCAAGGCCAUCAUGUCCACUAACCUUAUCAAGCAAGAGUUCAAACUUGGUGAGAGAUUCGGUGUGGACUUGAACGCCAAAUUUGCCACUGAUUACAGACAUUUCGACUUUGGUUACGUCAUCAACAAGAUGUCGUACCAAAAUAUCCAAUCUGCUUUCCACACUGGACUCAUGGUUCCCUCAAUCAGAUACUUCUCCUUCCAACUUGUUUGGGAUGUGGAGGCUUCUCAAACCAAAGAAAUCAGGACCCGAAUCUCUUCUGUUCGUGGCCAACACGUGGAAGGAGGGGACUUGGAAUUGCUCUCGGAGGAGGGUGUGUCUCAAGAGGAACACUUGAGAAGGAUCUGUGGUGAAUCGUAUCGAACUCAGUCUGAGGCUGAGAUCUGUCAUCGACAGGCUCUUGGUCAGCUUGAGCGUGCUGCUGAAACUGUUACGGAAAUCUGUGAGGAACAAUCUGAAUCUGGAUCCUUGUCUGAUGAGAAGAAGCGCGAGUGCCGCAAGGCUGUCCAUGUUUGUGAACAGGCUAAGCGCAUCUGUGAAGAAUCCCGCCGUUAUGAGCGAGAGAUCUGCCAAGAUAAGAAAGACCAAUGCUUGAGCAAGCGCCGUACCAUCCAACACAUGGAAAGAGCCCUUCAAGGACAACAAACUGGAAGUGGACGAGUUCAUGGUCUCAACUUUGAAUCCUCUCUUCGGUCUGCUUACCAUGGUGAGCGCAAGGUCGAGGUUAUGGGAGUGUUUGGCCGCAAAGUUAGCAACAACAACAAGGAUAUCAAGGCUUUUGUUGAUGUCAAGAUGACCACGCCCGAGCAUCCUGUCUACGAAAUGGAAGCUAUUAGUGAGACCAAGUUGCCCGAGGUCAUGUACCGAUGGAACUUGGACUCGCUUUUGAAGGAGGACAUCAACAUGAAGAACAGGAUCGUCAUCAAGUUCGGUCGCCAAAGUGCUGACAAGCACACCAUUGAGCUCAAGACCAACUGGGAGAAGACUGAAGCCCAAAAAGAAGCUGUCUGCAACUCACCCGAGUUCAAGAAAUGCAAUGAAGAGUUCCAGGCUAACCGCAUGCUCUCCUCAGUGUGCAUGGAAGCUCGCCACCAAGCUGCCUCCGUUGACAAGGUCCAAUUCAAGAUCCAAGCCCCUUCUUUCAUGAGGCACUCCCUGUGGGGACAGCGUGUGUUGUUUGCGGCUGAAGGCUAUCUUAUGAUGAACUACGGCGUUGCCAGGCAAUCCCUGACCGGUGGUGACCGCUCCACUGAAACUUUAGAGGGUGAGGUGAGAGUGUCCCGCUCGGGUCGCAUGGCUGAGCUGAAGAUCACCUCUCCCGUUGAGAUGAAGUACCACAAGAUCUCUUUGCCUUACGCCAUCCGCGGUUUCAUGCCCUUGUCGCUCCGUAACGGUGUCUUGCCCCCUCUCGUCCAGAAGGUUACCCGCGACCAAGCACCUGCCAGCUGUCGUAUUGACCCCGAAUGGAUCAGCACCUUCGAUAACAAGAUAACUUGCUACGUUUUACAACAAUGAAGUAAAUACAUAACA